AUGGUUGUUAAACCGCAUAAAGUUCGUCUCUGUCUAGAUGCUAGGAAGAUCAACGCUGUAACCAAGAAGGAUGCAUACCCUCUGCCUUCAAUAGAAGGAAUUUUUUCUAGAUUGCCAAAGGCUAAUAUAAUAACUAAAUUAGACAUUAAAGACGCAUACUGGCAAAUUGAAUUAGAUGAGGAAUCUAGACCAAUCACUGCAUUCACAGUCCCAGGCAGACCGCUUUACCAGUUUGUGGUAAUGCCAUUUGGGAUGUGCAAUGCCCCUCAAACAAUGAGCCGUCUAAUGGAUGAACUGGGAAAGCCUGCAUUUUCGGAAAGUCCUUUCCAGCGGCUUUAUAUAGAUUUACUGGGUCCGUAUUCGAGAAGUAAAUCGGGGCAUAUAGGCUUACUAAUAGUGCUAGACCAUCACAGCAAAUUUCAUUGCUUACAUCCAAUGAGGAAAUUCACGUCUAUUUUUCAUUGCUACGGGGUACCGGAGACCGUUGUUAGCGACAAUGGGUCCCAAUUUAAGGCAAAUGACCUUAACGCCUAUUUUACCUCUUUAGGCAUCAAACACAUGUAUACAGCAUUAUAUUCACCGCAAGUUAAUGCUUCAGAGCGUAUGAAUAGAUCGCUAAUAGCUGGUAUUCGCGCAUAUUUGAAGGGUGAUCACACAAGAUGGGAUGAGAAUCUAAGUGCCAUUAGUUGUGCAUUAAGAAAUUCCAUUCAUCAGGCUAUUCGGAUGUCUCCGUACCAUGCAUUAUACGGAUUCGAUAUGAUCACACACGGAUCAACAUAUUCGCUACUGAGACGACUUAACUUGCUCGAUGAGCCGACAUGCAAGUUAUCUAAGGAUGACAAUCUACAGAUCAUAAGAAAGGAUAUUCAGAAGCACAUAAAGGAUGAGUAUGAUGCCAAUCAAUGGCGUUAUAAUUUACGGACAAGGAAUGAGACCUUUAAGAUCGGGCAGGAGAUUUUAAGGUGA